AUGUCUCUUCCCGAUUCAAUACAAUCACAGGAUAUUCCGCAAAACCUCGCGCCGCCCAAUCACUUAAUAGACGACGAGCUGGAUCUCGUCAAAAAUCUCUAUCUCAGCGGGGUACCGCCGUUCAUAAUCGCACAGGUCAUUCGUUGUCUCCUCAACGUAGAAAUCCGUACAGCUGCCUAUGAGGUUGCCUGCGAGAAGGAGAACGACGAAGGGAACGUUGGCGUUGCAAUAGACUCACUGGCAGACGUACGGCAUCGACUGAUAGCAGCCGCAAGGAUGGGAAAUUUAGAGGAAAUGAUGUCGAGUGCGAGUGCAGUUGCGGGAUGGAUAUUUCCAGGCGAGGAGCGGCAGGCCGGUCGACAGAGGAACGGGUCGGUGACAACCCAGGUCAGCGUUCCACCGUCGUAUACUACAGACCCUAGGUCCUGAGCGCAGGAAGCUUGACCAGAGGACAAUGGUUUAUUCACGCAGAUAAUCAAGAUGCAUAUCUUCUUGUUGGAGAGGUGAAUGGUCUCAGCGUUCGAUAUUCUUAGUAUUACAGCCUUAUUGAAAUGAGUUUCUGCGUAUCGUUCACUACGUUCAA